GCCACACAAUUGAAACUCACAGCCGUUGCACACACACGAAACGCAAUUGCAUCCAUUAAACUGAAUGCCCACUCCAAACAGAAAUUCUAUUUCUUUUACUUCUUUUAUUCUCAGAUCAUAUUAUUUUUAAAAUAAAUAUUCAAAAUUCUUUUCCAGUAUCUUUAGUUAAUGAACCAAAGAUACCCAUUUUAGAUUUUGAUUUCGGAAUCGUCAAUUUAGUUAAAAAUUAUUGAUUUUGACCUUUUUGAUUGAUUGAUUGAUUUUCUGGGUUUGUGGAGGAAUUGACAAUUGCGUGUUGUUCCGGUACUCUUUCUUCUGAAAGUUUUGCGAGGAUCUUGUUAAAAUGGCGGCAAUACUAGCUUCACAAAGCAGUUAUUGCCGCACUAGAACAGCAGUAGAUGACCUUGGUUCUUCAUGCUCGAUUUCUGGGAGAAGAUUUCCCAAAUUCGAUGGGCACACCUGUAAUCUACCCGUCUUUUCUAAAGGUUUCCGGUUUCAAGUGGAGAUGCGACAAACCAAAGAGCCAACAGAUUUGGGUAACAAUAAACACUCAAUCAAAUUAUUGCCAACAAGUGAAGUUAUGAAAACUACAAAUAACCCUUCUAUAGACAAGGCUCCAACAAUGAAUGGUAUCAAGCAGAAUAUUAAUGGAGCUAGUAAGGUUAUUAAUGGAGUGAAUAUAGUUACAAGAGAAACUGCUUCCUCCUUGGUUAAGAGGAACAAAGUUGUGGUGGAUGAAGGACUACCCCCUCUGGAUGAGCCUAGGGUGAUGCCAUCUGAUGCAGGGUUUAGUUGGGCUAACGACAAUUACAAUUCCGUCCAAAGGUCUGCUGAUGUUUGGUCAUUUGUUCUUUCUCUUCGUGUACGUGUUUUAUUAGAGAAUGCGAAAUGGGCAUAUGUUGGUGGAUUUGAUGAAGAGAAGCAAAAGAAGAGAAGGAAAAAUACUGCUGCAUGGCUGAGAGAACGCGUGCUGCAGCUUGGCCCAACCUUUAUCAAGCUUGGGCAACUGUCAUCUACAAGAUCUGAUCUUUUUCCUCGAGAGUAUGUGGAUGAGCUUGCCAAGUUGCAGGAUAGGGUACCUGCAUUCUCAUCGAAGAAAGCUAGGGAAUUCAUUGCUGCUGAGCUUGGAGCCCCUGUUGAUAUUUUGUUUAAAGAAUUUGAAGAUCAGCCCAUUGCUGCUGCAAGUCUUGGUCAGGUUCAUCGGGCUAUCCUACAUAAUGGAGAGAAAGUAGUCGUAAAAGUUCAAAGACCUGGCUUGAAGAGACUUUUUGACAUUGAUUUACAAAAUUUGAAGCUGAUUGCAGAAUAUUUCCAGAGAAGUGAAUCAUUAGGGGGUCCUACUAGGGAUUGGAUUGGUAUAUAUGACGAAUGUGCUACAAUUUUGUACCAAGAAAUAGAUUACAUCAAUGAAGGGAAAAAUGCUGAUAGAUUUCGCCGGGAUUUUCGGAAUGUCAAAUGGGUUCGAGUACCUACAAUUCACUGGGACUAUACUGCCUUAAAGGUGUUGACCUUGGAAUAUGUUCCCGGGGUUAAAAUAAAUAAUUUGGACAAGUUGGACGCGCGUGGCUAUAGUCGUUCUCGGAUUGCAUCACGUGCUAUUGAAGCAUACUUAAUUCAGAUUUUAAAAACAGGCUUCUUCCAUGCUGACCCUCAUCCUGGAAACCUUGCUAUUGACAAGGAUGAAGCAAUCAUCUAUUACGACUUUGGAAUGAUGGGAGAAAUCAAAACUUUCACACGGGAAAGAUUGCUGGAUUUGUUUUAUGCUGUUUAUGAAAAAGACUCAACAAAGGUGGUUAGGAGUCUCAUUGAUCUUGGAGCACUUCAGCCUACAGGAGAUCUGUCGGCGGUGAAGAGAUCAGUGCGGUUCUUCUUAGACAAUCUGUUGAGUCAAUCACCAGAUCAGCAACAAACGUUGGCUGCAAUUGGUGAGGAUUUGUUUGCCAUUGCCCAGGAUCAGCCCUUUCGCUUUCCAUCUACCUUCACCUUCGUCUUAAGGGCAUUUUCAACUCUUGAAGGUGUUGGCAAAUUUCUUGACCCGGACUUUUCCUUUGUGAAGAUUGCUGCACCUUAUGCACAAGAGCUUCUUGACCUGAAAGAAAGGCGCCGUACAGGAGUGCAGCUUGUGCGGGAGAUAAGAAAACAAGCUGAAGAUGCCAGAGACUACACAGUAUCCAUGCCAUACCGAGUCCAGCGCAUAGAAGAGUUUGUGAAGCAACUAGAAACAGGAGACUUGAAGCUACGUGUUCGGGUUCUUGAGUCUGAAAGAGCUGCUAGGAAGGCGACAAUAUUGCAAAUGGCAACCAUGUACACAGUUCUUGGUGGUACCCUGCUGAACUUAGGGGUGACUUUCAGCAACCAAGGAAGUGAAAUGGUCGCCAAUGGUUCAUUUAUAGGCGCAGGUGUUUUUCUGGCAUUGCUUAUCAGGUCCAUGCAAAGAGUGAAGAAGCUUGAUAAGAUUGAAACUAUGAUAUAGAAUUCAUGUAUAUUAUAAAAUGUAGGAAUAGUGUAUAUUAUAGGUAUAGUUCAGAGGAAUUUGCCUCUCAUACGAUAUACUUUGGAGGUGUAGUACAUAACCAUUUUCAUGGUGAUGAAGUUUAUACCAAGAAGAACAUGGGUAGCAGCAAUGGUGAAGAGGGGAGCACAGUGCACAAUAACCUUUAUACUGUAAAAAGUUCUUAUGUCAUUGCUCUUGUAAGUUAUAAUCCAUUACACACCAAUUAUUCAUUAAUUUAAUGUUACUACCUUGUUAAAA